AUGACUAUAAAACUUGAUCCAUCGAAUUUGAAAAGCUGGGAUCAUCUUUCUCGCGAAGAAAGACUGCAUUUAGAUAUGAUUGCGCGCAGGAUAUCUCAAUCUAAAAAAGUUAUUGCAGUAACAGGAGCCGGAAUCUCUUGUAAUGCAGGAAUACCUGAUUUUAGAUCAAAGGAUGGUCUUUAUAACAUGGUGAAACAACAGCAUCCAAACACUGUUGUUAAAGGGAAGGAUCUUUUUGAUGUUGUUUUGUUUGGUGAUCAAGCAACAACUUCGGUUUUUUUUACAUUUAUGGCCCAACUACGGAAAUGUACAAUGGCUGCCACCCCUACAAUGACACAUAAAUUUCUUAGACUGCUCAAAGAAAAGAAAAAGCUACUUCGAUGUUAUACUCAAAAUAUUGAUGGUCUUGAGAGUAAGGUCGGAUUAACUAUGGGUGGUUCCAAGCCACUGGUGCAACCUACUACUACUACUACUACUACAACAUCGGAAACCCCAAAGAAAUUAACAAAAGCUGCAAUGCUUAAACAGAUUGAUGUUGUUCAGCUUCAUGGUGACAUUCAUUCUUUAAAAUGUGGUAUAUGCUCUUCUGUUUUUGGCUGGACCGAAAGUUAUGAGCAGUUGUGUUAUCUAGGAGAGUCUCCGUCCUGUCCAUCUUGCGAAGAGAAAAACAGUCUUAGACAAGCUCGUGGAAUGAGACACAGUAAUGUUGGAGAUCUCAGACCGAACAUUGUUCUGUAUGGUGAAGAACAUCCUUAUGGAGAUCUAAUUGGUACUUGUGUGUCGAAAGAUGCUAACUCUAAGCCAGAUGUUAUGCUAAUUAUUGGAACAUCGAUGAAAGUUGUUGGGCUCAAGAAAUUAAUUAAAGAUGUGGCCAAGGCGGUUAAGAGUCCAGCGACGCCAAGGAAAAAGGAAGGGAUAGUUGUGUUAAUUAACAAAACUGAUAUUGGUCUUAGCGGUUUUGAAGAUGUUAUUGAUUACCAUAUUAAAAGCGACUGUGAUGAUUGGGUAAUGGACUUGAAAACUAGAAUACCCAAUUUGUUUUCCAUACAAACAACUUUGGAAAAGUAUGCUGUUUCAUCAGCAAUUUCUGAGACAGAGAUAAAGGAAGAAGCUAAUGUUGUUUCCAAGAGUUAUGUUGAAAAUAAUGACGUUAUAUUGGUUUCUCCUAGUACACCAAGCAAACAGACCGCUAAAGUGGGGAAAAUACCACUUCCCACGCCGCCUUCUUCAGUUGAUAAUAAUUUGGCGAGACCAAUGACCCAUUCAGUAAUGCAACAAGAAAACACAAGUGCAUUUAGCUCCAUUACUAACCACACAUCAAUAUUGUUAUCUCCACCAGCUACUCCUAUCGUUCAAAGUGAUGAAACAUUUGGUAUUAACAGGGAGUAUGACGUUGAAAUUGGUUUGUUUAUUAAUGAAAAGGCUGCAUCCCGAAACACACAGCUGCUAAAUGAGUGGUCCAAACGCCCGUGUUCCAAGGAGAGGGUAGAUUGUACCAGCUGUGACGAAGGGACAAGAAAAAGAAAGAGUAGAUUGGAGGAUAUUUGUGUUCCUGUUAAUAGAAAUAAACGAAGACGAUAA